AUUUCCGCAACAUUUAUUGUUUUUCGCGCAAGCUAGUCCGGCAAAUUGUUUAAAUGUCGCUCAAAUUGGUUUAAGUAAUUCUAAAAUAGAAUGGGUUAUGAUGAACGCAGCGAUGGCAGUAGCUCUAGCGAUGCACAAGAUUGUUUUCAGCGUAACAUGUCAACGAAAAUGGGUACACAACAGGUCACGAUGCCUAAGCAUAUUCCCUUCCCGGAGCAUGCAACCACAUCAGAAUGGCUGAGUGAGCUUAUAAUGUGCGCCUUUACCAUGGGUGCAGCUAUUGUACAAUUCAUAAACAUUUACCGCACCAACUGGUGGUUGCCGCAAUUCCAAGCACGCCACAUGGUGAACAUUGAACUAAUCGAUCCGUAUUUACGUUACCUUAUUCUCAUAUUGAAUACGAGACGAUUUCUGUAUUGUAUGCUUUUGGCCAAAUGGAAGAACAAUGAGUGUCGCAUAGUCCGCAUGAGCAUUAAAUAUGGCUUCGGUGGAGUCGUUCAGCUAGGUCUGUGCUAUUGCGCUUUCAGGCUCUAUCAGACACACACUUACAUGUUGCUCUUCUAUCUAAGUUAUCCUGUUAUGGUAUAUCUCCUCAUCUUUGGCUUUCAAUUGGAACCGUUUCUACGCACUCGCUUCGAGGUACCUGGCGUUUAUAUUAACGAUCUGCCCGUGCAUAGCUGCACAACGAAUGCCGCUCAAAUACGCGACGAAAUUGAAACGCUUCGUCACGAUUUCAACAGACGCUUCAAGCAGUUGAUCUUCACAUGCAUGCUGAAUGCCUAUCUAGUGCUCAUACCCUGCCUUUUGUCAUUGAGUGUACAGUACAAUGUCAUGCGUGCGGCACAGCACUGCAUCAUCGUUUGUCUGGGCGCCUUCAGCUUGUCAGCUGUCUUUCAAUAUCCGGCCAAGUACAGCGAUACGCUGCAUCGAGCCACUUUGCACUUGGGGAGCUGGCAGCGCAUGGACCGCGAUCCACAGGCAGCGCCUUCGCAACUAAUUGUGGCAGCGAACGCACAGAACUGGUCAAAGUAUACUGUCUACGGUCAUGGUACAGUAGUAAAGCACAAUGGGGCGCUCUAUCGGAGUCACGGCCUGGUCACUGUUGCCACGCCCGGCAAUGCCAGUCAUCUCCGAUUCUAUAAACUGUUCCACAACCCCACUGUCAUUUACUCCACAUUAGCAUCUCUGCAGGCGGCAGUGCUCCUAGUGGAGAUUGCAUCAUUGAGCGCUGCCAGUAUUGAAUGGCAUUUUGUACUGUCCAUUAGCUUUGUAGCAUUUACUAGCAUGGUCGCCUUCUAUAAGCUGGUACGAGAUUAUUUGAUUACUAAACAUUUGUAUAAAGCAGAAUGUUCCACCAUUUACAAUUAAGUUAGCUAAGAGCAGAAUCAUAGCUUUACCA